GAAUUCUCUGCUUUACAGGAAAAGCUAAAUGAAUUCAUCCCAUUCAUUAUUGAAAAUCAUAUCAUUGGUUAUGUUCAUAGCGGAUUCACAGAAUACUUGAGGGACUUUGAUGACAUCUUUAUGUUUCCACGAGAUGAUUCCUGUGAUGGCCAUCUUUCAUUAAACCCAUUGUUGGAAAAUCCUGAAGAUAGAACGCGUGCGGUGGCAAAUGUGAUCAAAAUCUUGGGUGACAAAGGACUCAUCCCGGGAAUAAGAGAUGAGCUGUAUCCUGUGAAACCUUCAUUUGAUGCUCCCGUCUAUUUCUCAUUGGAACGUGCUGCUGCUCCUUAUUUCGGAUUGAAGGCUUAUGGAAUUCAUAUGAAUGGGUAUGUUGAAAGGGAUGGACAAAAGCUUCUAUGGAUAGGAAAGAGAAGUCAUGCAAAAUCCACAUAUCCUGGAAAGCUUGAUCAUCUUGUCGCUGGAGGAUUGCCUCAUGGGAUUGGCUGUGGUGAGAACGUUGUAAAGGAAUGUGAGGAGGAGGCUGGGAUACCCAAAACCAUCGCCGAAAAGGCCAUACCAGUUGGUGCUGUCUCAUACAUGGAUAUCAAUGAGUACCGUUUCAAACGCGAUGUUCUGUUUUGUUAUGAUCUGCAACUCUCUGAAGACUUUGUCCCAAGAAAUCAAGAUGGAGAGGUUGAGAGCUUCAAGUUGAUUCCUGUGAUGCAAGUUGCUAAUGUGAUUAGGAAGACAACCUUUUUCAAAACAAAUUGUUCCCUUGUCAUUAUUGACUUCUUGUUUCGCCAUGGGUUCAUCAGACCAGAAUCGGCAGGUUACUUGGAUCUAUACCGAUGUUUGAGGAGCGGUGAUUGCUCAUAAGGAUGCAUGUUUUCUCCUCACACAUAACAGGUAAUAUGAUGUAAACUUUAAGCAAUUCCGUUUCGGGCACUUCUUAUCAUGUUUUCGAGGAUUUUUUCGAAUGCCCAACUCAGAUUUUAACUUGACUUCAGAGAACAGAUAUCUGUUGGGAAUUUUACGUUACCACGAUCGUAUAUCACGAAUCAGUAACAAGAACGUAUUACUUGUGUAAA